GCAGGGUGAGCUGCAGCCAUGGCAGGCUUCCUGGAUAACUUCCGCUGGCCCGAGUGCGAGUGCAUCGACUGGAGCGAGCGCCGCAACGCCGUGGCCUCCAUCGUGGCCGGGGUGCUGUUUUUCACAGGCUGGUGGAUCAUGAUCGACGCUGCCGUGGUGUACCCGCGGCCGGAGCAGCUGAACCACGCCUUCCACACCUGCGGGGUCUUCUCCACCCUGGCCUUCUUCAUGAUAAAUGCUGUAUCAAAUGCACAGGUGAGAGGAGACAGCUACAGUGAUGGAUGCUUAGGAAGAACAGGGGCUCGGAUCUGGCUCUUCAUUGGCUUCAUGCUGAUGUUUGGAUCCCUCAUUGCUUCCAUGUGGAUUCUCUUUGGAGCAUAUGUUACACAGAACACUAAUGUGUACCCUGGCUUAGCAGUGUUUUUCCAGAAUGCAUUAAUAUUCUUCAGCACUCUGAUCUACAAGUUUGGGAGAACAGAAGAGCUGUGGGGCUGAGCUCCCUGCUGGCCUGGCCCCUAAGCUGCCAUGUGGUUCUUGUCUGUAGAUAAUUCAGUCCUUUGUCCUUGGUUUGCUUCCCAAACUGGUGGAACUGAGACAAUUCCAGGCUCUGUCCAAGGCUGCUCUUCUCCCAGGACACACUUGUGAAUAUGUACAUAGGACAUUUCAAAGGGAAUGGCAGGCUGCCAGGCUUUCCUGCUGCAAUCUCCAAAAAUCCACAGCUUCCCAUCCAGGUUUCAUCUUCCAAACCUCCAACAAUUAGUGAGCAAACAGGACAGAGCCCACCCCUGGAGCAGGGGUAAGAGCUGAUUUUAAGGAUUUUAUAUUAUUGUUCAGGUAAAUAUAAAGUAGCUUUUUUUUUUUUUUUUUUUUUUUUUCUGGUAAAAGGUUAUGGGUUUUUAAGCAAGUCCCUACACUCAGCAGGUUGUGCAUGGCAAAGCAAAAUAUUCCUGACUUGUGAUGGCUCUGGCACAAAGGACAUUUGCUGGCACCACAGUCCUUGGAAUUAAUUUCAUGCUGCUCAGUGUAAGAGAUACCAGUUGGUAUUUAAUGUAUUUCCUGAUAUUAGAAUAAAAAAACUCCAACAAACUGA